AUGUUAGACAUCAAUUUGUUUCGCGAAGAGAAAGGCAACAAUCCAGAGAAAAUACGCGAGUCACAACGCCGUCGUUUUGCUAAUGUCGAGAUCGUAGAUGAAAUCAUUCAGUUUGAUAACGAAUGGCGGCAACGUCAAUUUGAGCUUGAUAACUUACGUAGAGAGUUUAAUAAGCAGAACAAAAGAGUCGCGCAUCUUAAAAUCGCGAAAGAAGAUGCAACGGAAGCAAUUAAAGAUACUGAAGAGACAAAAAAAUUGAUAGCUGAUAAGGAAAAAGAGGUGCAAGAGGCUAAAGAUGCGUUGUAUUCUAGAUUGUCAACUAUUGGUAAUCUCGUGCAUGAUUCAGUGCCGUUUGACAAUAACGAGGAUAAUAAUGCUGUGAUUCGGGCGUGGGGGGAGAAGCGAGUCGAGAAGAAGUUGAGGAAUCAUGUUGACCUUGUUGAACUUCUGGGAAUUGCGGACUUGAAGAAAGGUGCUGAUGUAGCGGGAGGUAGAGGCUUCUACCUCAAAGGUGAUGGUGUCCGACUUAAUCAAGCAUUGAUCAACUUUGGCCUGGAAUUCUUGGAGAAAAGGGGGUACACGGCCUUGCAGACACCCUUUUUUAUGAGAAAAGAUGUCAUGGCAAAGUGUGCCCAGUUAGCACAAUUUGAUGAGGAGCUUUACAAGGUUACUGGUGAAGGAGAUGACAAAUAUCUAAUUGCUACAGCUGAACAACCACUAUGUGCGUAUCAUCUAGAUGAUUGGAUCCAUCCUACACAGUUACCAAUCAGAUAUGCUGGGUACUCAUCUUGUUUCCGCAAAGAGGCUGGUGCACAUGGUCGUGAUACUCUGGGCAUUUUUAGGGUUCAUCAGUUUGAGAAAGUGGAGCAAUUCUGCAUUACUAGCCCAAAUGGCAACGACUCUUGGGAGAUGCACGAGGAAAUGAUCAAGAACUCUGAGGAGUUUUACCAGGAGCUCAACAUCCCUUAUCAAGUUGUUGCAAUUGUUUCUGGUGCUCUCAAUGACGCAGCAGCAAAGAAGUAUGACUUGGAAGGCUGGUUUCCCGCUUCAAAUACUUACAGAGAGUUGGUCUCCUGUUCAAACUGCACUGACUACCAGUCAAGAAGAUUAGAAAUUAGAUAUGGGCAGAAAAAGAGCAAUGAGCAGGUAAAGCAAUAUUGUCACUUGUUGAACUCUACCCUUACAGCAACUGAGAGGACCAUUUGCUGCAUCCUUGAGAACUACCAGAAGGAAGAUGGUGUAGAGGUUCCAGAGCCCUUGCGAAAAUAUAUGAGCGGCAAAGAAUUCCUACCUUUCCAAAAUAACCCAUCUACUGAAGGCAAGGGGAAGAAACCAAAGGCCUAG